AGUAAGAAGUGGAAGUGCUCCCCCCACCUCUCUCUCUCACAUUUUUGUUUUCUUCUCCAUCGCUUCCCUGCUGCUGUCAUUGGACAGAGAACAGAGGGACAAAGGGAGAGCAUUAAGAAGCUUCGGAUGAUCUCAGAGAGAGCUCGGUAGGGUUUUUUCUCGACGUCGACGGAUUUCCUUCGUUUUUGUUCUUCCGCCGCAGAGAGACCCAUGGGUUCGGGUGCCGGCGUAGAAUUCACGGCGAAUUCGCACUCGAACAACGUUCAUUUCCCCUUUCAUGACCGGCGCCACACGAAGUACGUCUACGAUAACGUCCAUGGAAACAUUCAUCUCGAUCCGAGGCGUGCUGUUCUCGCGGAGCAGUGACAUUGGCGUGGAGUUCAUGGAAGAUGCUUCUACAGCGCCCUAAAAAAACUAGGCGGCCCGGGUGUACGCAGCUGUCCCUGGAGUUUAUAGACACAGAGCAGUUUCAGAGGUUGCGUGACUUAAAGCAACUUGGCCUCACGUACCUGGUCUAUCCUGGAGCAGUCCAUUCUCGUUUUGAGCAUUCUUUGGGCGUUUAUUGGCUUUCUGGUCAAGCAUUGAAUAGGCUUCAAUAUUUCCAAGGGCCAGAACUUGAUAUUCAUCAAUCUGAUAUUAUGGCUGUAAAACUUGCUGGUCUGCUGCAUGAUGUUGGUCAUGGGCCUUUUAGUCAUUUAUUUGAUCGAGCAUUCCUUCCUUUGGUUCUUAAAGGAUCUGAAUGGUCUCAUGAACAGAUGUCGGCUGAGAUGAUUGAUUUCAUGGUUGAUGAGCACAAUAUUGACAUAGAUCCCAACUUGCAGAGAAGAGUAAAGGAAAUGAUUCUGGCUAGUUGUAAUACCACGGUGACAAAUGGCUUAAAAGAGAAGCAGUACUUGUAUGAUAUAGUUGCAAACGGCCGAAAUGGAAUAGAUGUUGACAAGUUUGAUUAUAUUGCCCGUGAUUGUCGAGCUUGUGGCAUUGGCUGCAGUUUUCACUACGAAAGGUUGAUGGAUAGCAUGCGUGUCAUUGGGGAUGAAAUAUGCUAUCGAGCAAAGGAAUAUCUCACUAUUCAGAGGCUGUUUUCAACUCGUGCUGAUCUCUUCCGAACAGUCUAUACACAUGCAAAAGUAAAGGCAUUGGAGCUAAUGUUUGUAGAUGCACUUCUGCUUGCUGACAAGCAUCUUGGUAUUUCUUCCAGCAUCCACAACCCAGCAGAUUACUCGAAGUUAGAUGACACGAUAAUGAAAAGGAUUGAAACAGAUCCUGAUGAAGAGCUGAGGCCGUCAAGGGAAUUAAUCUUGCGAAUGCGCAGAAGAGAUUUGUAUCAGUUUUGCAAUGAGUAUGCUGUACCAAAAGACCAACUUGAACAUUUCAAAGAUGUUACGGCACACGAUAUUGUGUGCUCUCAGACGAAGGCAGGAGUAAACUUAAGGGAAGAAGAUAUCGCGAUAAGCAAUGUAAGGAUUGAUUUGACCCGUGGGAAGGAUAAUCCACUUGAGUGGAUCCACUUUUUCAAGGACUAUGAAUGUUCGGAGAAGUUUCUUGUGGCGGGUGACCAAAUCAGCCAUUUAUUGCCAGCAUCAUAUCAAGAUACAAUUGUGCGGGUGUACUCCAAAAAACCAGAACUGGUGGAAGCAGUCUCGGAGGCCUUUGAAAAUUUCCAGCUGAAGACCUACGGAAUCAAAGCCCAGGUCCAUGAAACCCCGAAAAAGAAGAGAAGCAGAAGUUUAAAACUGUGAAACUUGUUCAACUUAGAACUCUCGUCCUAUAUUACAAAAGUUACACUUGGGUUUUUGGUUUGUGACCGUCGUUGCUAAGCCCUCAAAUGGGUCAAAAAUUCACCUUUCACCUCCAUACAUAGUGUACAUUCAAAUUCUUUUUUCGUUUUCAUGUGCAGGAAUGUAACCAGACCAAUCUUCCAUAUAUCAGAAGUAAAUAGAAUGGAAAAGAGAAUGGCAGUGUGGUUUCGUUGCUCGAUUUGGAUGGUUGUAGCCUGUUUUUAUGUGGUUUCGUCUCAAUUCUGGUACUUUUGGGAUUUGAUGGCUGACAAACUAUUAUCUCCCUAUCAGUGUUCAGCCGUUAUUUAACCAAAAUGAGAUGCUUAGACGGAUGUAUUAUGCUCACACGACAGUCUCAGUUUGGCAAUGAACAAUUUGGUAGUGGCUUUUUGAGCUGCCGUAUGUUCUUUCUUAAGGCUUCUGUUAGCCCAGGCUUAUUUCCAUUGAGAGAAAGAGAGACCUCUUUGUUGAUGUGAAGAGACGGACUAUAAAUCAAGACAGUCUUUU